GCUGCUGCUGACCAAGCGAAGUCGAGCACCUCGGUCGCCUUUCGAACACCGACAUCCACAUGUCCCUUGGAUGCUUGUGAUUACAAGUUGGCGAAGCGGACGAGAUGCGAAUCAGCAUCCCAUCCAUACCUGCUUCGAGCGAGGUGGGCAAGGCCAAGCAUCAGCACACGCUCCAGCAAGCUGCAGAGGCGGUGUACGAGUUCUUGCAAAAAGGGGUCACGGAGCAGCAGCAGCAGCAGCAGCGAUUGCAAGGCUCGACGAGCUCUGCAAGUUCGAGAUGGACCGCGCAAGGCAAAGAGCAAUCCUCACUAGCCGAUGAGAGGCGCUCUGGUACUGGCGCGGGCACCAUCUUGAUGACGGGUGCGGGCGUAUCGGUGGAUUCGGGCAUCGCACCCUAUCGAGGAGAAGGCGGUCAUUACGAGGUGCACAAGACCUAUCGACCCAUCUUCUUCCACGAAUUUGUCGAUUCAUCCGAAAAAGGCCACAUCGCGAGACAGAGGUACUGGUCCAGGUCCUUUUUGGGUUAUCCACCCGUGCUGGUGGCCAGGCCGAACAAGACUCAUUACGCUAUUGCUGCAAUGCAACGUCUGGGCGCCUUUGCAGACUACAUCACGCAGAAUGUCGACAGUCUGCAUCACAUGGCCACGCCCAGCCCUUCUCUAGCUGCUUCCUCCAUCCUCGAAUUGCACGGCACCUUGCAGCACGUCUUGUGUGUCUCGUCACCUACGCCCGGUAGCGCACCAUCGAGGCCGAAGGACCCGACCUUGCAUUCGCACCUCACCCAGUCACAUCUCUCGGGUCCGCGUCUCCGAGCAGAACCUCGACCUUUCAACACUCCUACGGGUCAAGCUUAUCCCAAAGGUUGCGGCUUCAGGGGAAGUAGAUCGGCCUACCAGUCCAUACUCGCCGAGAGGAACCCAAUGUGGGACGAAAUGGCCAAGGAGAUGCAUCAACGGGGUACUCAACCCAAAACCAAUCCUGAUGGUGAUGUGGAGCUUGCAAGGAAUACGGACUACAGCUCUUUCCACUAUCCUGCCUGUCCGAGUUGCGGAGGGGUUCUAAAGCCCGGCGUCGUCUUCUUUGGAGAGUCCGUUCCGGACGCGCUGCGGGACCGCUCCUUUGAGCUCGUCCGAAGAGCAAGUCAGAUGCUCAUCGUGGGCUCCUCUACCGCAACAUACAGCGCAUAUAGGCUAGCAAAGACCAUGCACGAGGCCGGUGGAUCCGUCAUGAUUCUCAACAAGGGACCUUCGCGCGCAGAUCCUUUGGCCAGCGACAAGAUCGAAUUGGGAAGCUCAGAGGUCCUUCAACUUGUAGCUCAGAGGUUGGCAGGUACGGAUAGGAGAAAGAAAGACCCCGUGCUUGAUCGUCUCCUCACCUCUGGAGGGCCGGCUUUGGUGCCAAAUUCUGGAGUGCGCGUCGCGGCUAGCUGAAUAUAUACGUUCUCAUGAAUUCACCCUUCUGACGCCUGAUCAUCCGUGGCACUGCCACAUCAAGACCAAAGAAUAGACCUCCAAACAAGCGUCCUCUGAUCAGUUAUUUUCGAAUC